AUGAGGUUCUCCCUGGGAUUUCUGCUUCUCAUGCUGUUGGUCUACAGCAUCACUCCAGUCCAUGGUGUUCUGGAGGCCUUUAACACAAACUUAAAGUGUAAAUGUGUCCAAGAAACCUCAGCCUUUAUCCCCAUCCAACUCAUUGAAAAGCUUCAAGUCUUGCCUCCUGGGAAUGGGUGCCCAAACAAAGAAAUCAUAGUUUGGAAGAAGAAUAAGUCAGUUGUAUGCUUGAACCCUCAAGCUAAAUGGAUACUAAAAUUAAUAAAAAUGUUACAGAGAAAAAGUGCUGUUUCAACUCCAUGA